AAAUCUCCCCAGUCGGUCUUCACCAGUCUGAGGGGUUAACAUCACUGCAGUCCCUGCCGUCCCUUUUCACUGAAGAGCGAUUCUAAUGUUUGUGGACCUGUUUUUUAAAAGACUUUCAUUUCUGAUUUAAACCACGGACGUUUCACAGGAAGCCUCGUUAUGAGCUUGUUAUGACUCAGUUCUCAAAGACGGUUCACUUGCAUGUGACUGCUCCGUCUUAAACAGCACUACACAAAUGCAAUAUUCCCCAGGCAGCAUUUGUGUCACGUUUGUGUGUAAGGAUGUUUGAUUCCUGUGCCGCACGCUUGUUGGUCGCUGCUCUGUGGAGCCUCUGUGGAAGUGCUGCCUGGGCAGGCGUCAGUACGAGUAGGCUCAAGGACGAGUUGGACCCUAAUGUGAAGGACUGGGGAGACUAUUCAGACCUGCCUCCGGGAAUGGAGCAGGGACUGGGUUUGGAUGAAGACAGAGAGCACGGAGACAACAGAGGACUUAGGGAGUCGUCAUCAUCAAGUUUGGCUCCAGAGCUGGAUUUCUUGGCUGAUUUUGCAGGCAAAAAGCGGCUAUGGGUGAUAACAGCCCCAUCACACAAUGACCAUUACCUUCUUAUGAUGGAGAAACAGCUGGAAGAAAUGGAACAGAGAGCUCUGAACUGUCGUCUGGCAGAACGAGACACCUUCAUCAUCACCAUCAUCCAGAACGCCAUGAUGGAAGGUCGGAUUCAGAAAACAACUUUUCAGGGAGAUGCAACAGUGGAGAACCUGGACCCAGACACAGUCACCAAACUGCUGCACUACCUGGAGCUCACCAGUCAGAACCAAGGAUUUACUAUGCUGGUUCUGAAGAAAAACCUUCGGGUCAGUGAGCGCUUCCCAUAUCCGGUUCAAAUCGAGGCAAUUUUUGAGCUCAUAGAUCAGUUACCGAUGAGGAAGCUGGAGAAGGUGACCAGAAAAGGAUCCAACUUGAGAUGCAAAGUCACUAAAAAAAGGAUUGUGAAGAAGAAAAAGAUAAAGAAGAAGAUGGUGCUGAGCUCUCAAAGACAGGGAAAUGUCACAUCUGUGGAAACAUUACACAGAAAAGCGGCACUGAACAAAAAGGACGUCCUGAAGACCAAGAUCCAGGAUAUACUGAGUGGACGGUCGAGGUUUGUGAUCCGGAAGGUGCCAGCUGUGGAGUCCACGAGGGAACAGGGCUCUACAGCACAGCACAAAGAGAAGAUCCACAGUCCUCCAGUGACGGAAGUGAAGACAGACAGGCCUGAGUCCACUGCGCAGGACGCAAAGAAAACACACGAAGGGAGAGGCGGCAAUGCUAAAAAAGAGCAGAGUCUGAAGGCAGAUUCCCAGCAAACCCCAAGCUCCAAGAAAAAAGGCAAAGGGAAGAAAGGGAAGAAAGGAAAAGGCCGAGGGAAGAAGUCCAACAAGGAGGCCAGCGAGAAAGACAUGGCGGCCGUGAAGGAGUUUCUGGGCAGUUUUAAAGGGACACGAAGGUUGAUGCUGAUCUCAGCGCCAAGCAAAGACGCAACACUGUACAUCCAGCAGAAAGAGGAGGAAGAGAAGCAUCACUGUGACCUCGCUGUCCGGAAGAUCACUGCGGCGACUAUUGUGGGCGAAGGCAGUGAUGCCACGCUCACUGUGCAUCACCAUCAGCUGGAGUCAGAGCCUCCGCGCACUGAGGCACCCGAGCACGUCUUACAUCCAGACCUGAUCUCGCUGCUGAGAGCAGAGCUCGGCUUGUCGUCCUCCGACCUCUUCUCCAUGACAGUCACGGACUACGACCUCAAACCAAGUCGAGUCUUUGAGGCUCCGCCAUCGAAUCCUGCUCUGCUCGAGUACAUUGACAACUUUCCUUCGAGGCGCUCAGAAAUAGAAAGAGAGAGGAAGAAGCCUCCGGUCUGCUUCAAAGACAACCAGCAGCCUGGAGCUGAGAACUCACUACUCAGAUUCCUGUCUAAGAGGAGACUGCUGCUCAUCUCUGCUCCGGCUGAGGACGACUACUCUUUCCAGCAGCAACUGUCGGCUCUAAGUGGACAGGAGUGUCAGCUGGGCAUUCGCCACUUUGCCCUGUUCAAGCUGACCGGAACAGGAGCAAAAGCAACAGGAACCGUGGAGCUAUUUCCCCUCAAUGGACACAGUCAGAGCGAGGUCGAGCCGUUGUCUCAUGACAUGGUCAAUAACAUGAGAGAGGAGCUGAAGAUCAGCAAGGACUACUUCAACAUGCUGAUCGUGGGGAAGGAUGGUGAAGUCAAGACGUGGUUCCCAUCACCCACGUGGUCCCUGGAUAACAUCUAUGACCUGGUAGACUCCAUGGAGCUUCGCAUCCAGGAGGAGAAGCUGCAGAAGAGACUGGGGAUUCACUGCCCCGAAGACGAGGGAAGAAGAGGGGGCGGCAGCGAGGCGGGACAGUAUGGCGGCUAUGGAGAAGACACAGCAGAGGACAUGUACCACCGGUCAGAGGAGUGAUGAUGAAGGAGCAGGAGGAAAAGGAGGGAAUAAACACACGCUACCAACAAACCUGAUACAUCACAGGAUGUGUGUGAACACAUGGAUUUUACUAUCAGCAAACCUUUAGGACUCAUCACAUGUAGCUAAUGAUACAUAACAUGUUAGAUUCCUGCUAGUCUGAGAAGUGAAGCUGAAUAUAACGGAAUAAUUAUAUUACAGUUGAAUUUGAAUUUCAUAUUUUGCUUCAACUGCCAUAACAUUCUACUCU